CAGCUCGUGACUAAACUCUUCCUCACCUCCCGUCACUCAGCUCGUAGCGGCGGGCCUCCGCCCAAGAUGCUUUACCUUACGAGCGACCUCUUUCCUGUCUUCGUUCCUUUUGGCGUCAUUGGCUUCUACCGCUACCUCUGGUACCUCAUCCGUAUAGCUGCUUCCCUCACAUACCGCCCAGUGCCUUUGCCCGAGAAUCCGACCUACAUCGCCGCCGAAGACGUCACGAUCAUUGUCCCCACCAUUGAUGCAGGCGAGGAGUUUAAGGAGGCUGCCCGCAGUUGGCUUGUCGGAAAGCCAAAGGAAAUUCUCAUCAUCACCGAGGAGAAAAUGUUAAAGGAGCUCCAAGCUCUCGCAAACGCUGUCGACCCAGAGCGCAUCCGCGUUCUCACCGUCCCUUUUGCCAACAAACGGCUCCAGAUGAGCCACGGCAUCAAGAAUACAACGACCGACAUUAUCGUUUUCGCUGAUGACGACGCUAUCUGGCCUCCCACUCUCCUCCCUUCAGUUCUCGCUUGUUUUGAGGACCAAAAGGUUGGCGGUGUAGGCACCAGUCAACGAGUUCAACCUGUCGGUGAUCGUAUGACUGUCUGGGAGGUCCUCGCAGCAUUUCGCUUGACUAUUCGCAAUAUCGAAAUCUCCUCCUCAACCCAUAUCGACGGUGGUCUUCCUUGCUUGUCAGGUCGUACUGCUGCAUAUCGCACAAUCAUUCUCAAAGACCCAGAUUUCCUUCAUGGCUUCACUCAUGACUACUGGCUGGGAAAAUACCAGCUCAACUCUGGCGACGACAAAUUCCUCACUCGAUGGAUGGUUUCACAUGGCUGGAGCACCUACGUGCAAUGCUGCAAGGAGGCAGAGCUCCUUAGUACGAUGAAACCAAAUUGGCGUUUCCUUAAGCAGGUAUUACGCUGGACACGGAACACUUGGCGGUCAGACUUGCGCAGUCUUUUCAUGGAGCGUCAUAUUUGGACGUCACACCCUUACGUCGCCUAUACGAUGGUCAGAACUCCGCUGAUCUCCGCUCCAUUGACCCUUACUUACACAUCUUAUCCUCAGGUCGACAAACUCUUCAACCCAUUCACUCUGUUAAUAGGCCCGGUCUUUGUUGCCCGUCUAAUGGUUCAGAGCACGAUUCCUGUUUCAGAGGGCGGUUAUCAUCUCCCGUGGUGGAAUAUCCUCGCAUCCUAUAUCGUGUGGCUAUUUGCGACACGUACCGCCAAGCUACUUCCUCACUUAUGGCAACGACCUCAAGACAUUAUCUAUGUCCCCGCGUUCAUUCUCUUCGGUUACUACUUUGCCAUCAUGAAACUCUACGCGCUGUGCACGCUCCAUGAGACUGGUUGGGGAACACGUGCUGGUAUUGGUGAUGCGUCAGCAGCUACGGCAGCAGCAGCGGAAGCAGACAACGCUCGUCUACAAGAGAAAACUGCAGCCGCCAACGCACCUUACGAUUACCAGCAACAACCGUAUCAUCAUCAACAGUCACAUGACUCUCCGUUUGGCGAUGAGAUGUCCCCCUUCCGAGACGAUACUCCUGGGGGCCAAAGUCCAUACCGAGAUAACACAAGUGAUGAAGGGGCAACACCAGUCUAUGCGGCGCGGGCUCGAUCGCAAAGAAGGGGAGACUAUGAAGUUGGUUUUGCGUCGUAA